UAUGCUUUAGAAUUUGACUUCCUGUGGCAAAUGGAUGGCGAAUUGCAUAUAUACAACUCUUCAUCUGAGUGAUAAUUCUUAACUUUGUACUAGAAUUAUGUUCAAGUGUGUAAUAUUUAUGCAUCUUUUUUUUGUUUUUUUGUUUUAUUACAAAUCUUUUGCAUUGUUUACAUGUGAUUACAUUACGUACAUAAUACCUUAGGGCCUGGAAAAGUCUAUUGGAUUCUCCUCUGAUCUUCCAUUGUAGUCUGUUUGGUGAAGUGGCUGACAGAUUUAAUUGUUUUAUUAGCAUUACCAUGAACUAUAUUUGGUCUGAGUUGUUUUGUUUUUUUUUUCUUUCCCAUCACACAAAACAGAUGGGAAAGAAGAAAUCUACCGUUACUGAAACUGAGGGAAGUGGAAAAAUAAAGGCCACAUGGCCUGAUGAAAUAGUAGCAACAUUUUGUGAUAUAGCUGUUAAGGAAGUGGCAAAGGGAAACAGACCAGGUACUCAUUUUGAUAAAAAGGGAUGGUCUAAUGUUGUUGAAGCCUUUAAAAAGUUAACCGGAAGGGACUAUGAUAAAAGCCAAUUGAAAAACAAGUGGGAUUCGCUUAAAAAUGAUUGGAAAUUGUGGUGUUCUCUAAUGCAUAAGGAAACUGGUAUUGGAUGGGAUCCUGCUUGUUUGCUUCAAUUGGGUUUUCUUCAAUUGUUUGCUUGUUUCUUUUGCUGUUAAUUUUUUUUUAAAGUAUGAAUUCAGUUUUUAAAAGUAAGAAUUCUAUUUUAUUACUGUGAAAUCAAUAUUCUUACAUGUAAAAAUCUUAUUUUAUGCAGGAAAAUCCAGAGUAUCGCAAAUUUCGCGAUGUGGGAAUUAGUCCUGACAUGAUGGACAUUUAUGAUAAUAUGUUCAAGGGUACCUCAGCUCUAGGCCAUUGUGUCAUGAUUCCUUCAGCUAGUAUAGAUGUUGAAGAGGUUGUGGAGGAUUCUGAGUUAAAUGUUAUUUCUGUCGAUGAUGAGGAGGAUCCUGAGCUAGGUAAUGAAGAAAGGGGGAAAAAGAGAACAAAUGAGGACAGACCAGCAAAAGGUAAUAAGGACAAAGGAGUUGUGAGAGGGCCAAAGGGGAAGAAAGGAAAGGUGGGAGGUGCAGUGAAAUUGUAUAAACAAAUUGAUAGUCUUGUUGAGGUAGUUGAGAGUAGGAGUACAGCGACAUCAGUUCAUACAAGUUCACAAGGAACUAGUAUUCAGGAGGUGAUGCAAGUUGUUGCAAGUUUACCAGGAGCAGAAACUGGUACCAAGCUGUGGUGGUUUGCAACGGAGUUGUUUUGCUCUCAAGAGAAGCGAGAGAUGUUUUCAGUUAUGACAGAUCCUGAUCUUAAGCUGCAGUUUCUGAUUCUUAAUCAGAAAAAGGUUGAUUCCACUUUGUAAAAAAAGAGAUAAUAGGCUGUUCUUUAGUAGGGGUGAUGGUACUUUGGACCAGUUUGCUUCUUCUUCCUUUUUUUUUUCCUUUGUCAUCUUUUUUUUUUUUAUGUUUGCUUGUUGUUUCUUAUGUUACUAGUACUUUAUCAAGAAUGAUAUUUCUUUCUUACUGCUACUUGGAUAAGAUGUUUAUUCUUUUUAUUAAUGAAGUUUCCCUUAAUAUGUUUGCUUGCUAUUCUACUUAAUCAGUUAACAAAUUUAAUUAGUCGUGCUUGUUUGUCCUUGUUAAUGUCAUUGCAGGUUUGUUCCGUAAAGUAUGGACACUUCCGGAGAUGAGGAGGAGAUAGACCAAAUUAUAUGUGUAUGUGGUCGUCUCAUCCAAGUUUAUCUCGAAAAGUACAUUAUGAAAACGCCAUGCAUGACAAGCUCUCAAACAGGUUAUAUUUGGUUAAUGGAAGUGUUAGAAGGCAAUGAAAGUAGGUGUUAUAACCAAUUUAGGAUGGAUAAGUACUGCUUCUUAAUGCUAUUGAAUGAUGUUGAAAAGGUGUUGAAGGGUUCAAAAAACAUAAGUCCCGCUGAAAUGUUAGCUAUGUUUCUCUAUAUUUUGGGACAAGGUCAAACUAAUAGGAAUACACAAGAACGUUUUCAACGUUCCGGUGAGACGGUUAAUUAGUAGAUAUUUUGAUAUAAUGCUCAACAUUUUCUAUAAUAUGGCGAAAGUACUCAUAAAGCCAGAGGAUCCUGAAUUUACGAGCAUCUCAAAUGAAAUUCUAAAUGACUCAAGAUACAUGCCUCAUUUUAAGGAUUGUAUUGGUGCUAUUGAUGGUGUUCAUGUUCAAGCUUCGAUUUCUCCAUGUGAUCAAGUGCCAUACAUUGGCCGAAAAGGAACACCGACCCAAAAUAUUUUGGCUAUAUGCGACUUCAACAUGCAAUUCACAUUUGCAUGUGCAGGGUGGGAAGGCACUGCACAUGAUAGUAGAGUAUUCUUAUCGGCUUUUCGUAAUCCUCGAUCGAAUUUUCCUAAACCCCCAAAUGGAAAAUAUUAUGUGGUGGAUGCCGGAUACCCACAAAUGAAAGGUUUUUUAGGACCUUAUAAAGGUGAGCGGUAUCACCUUCCACAUUUUCGUAGAGGUGAUGAACCGGCGGGUCAUAAAGAAAUUUUUAAUCAUGCACAUUCUUCACUUAGGAGUGUUAUUGAGCGCACUUUUGGGGUGUGGAAAAAAAAGUGGAGUAUUUUACGUGAUAUGCCAAGCUUUCCAUAUGAUAAACAAGUGAAAAUAGUUAUUGCUACAAUGGCUAUUCAUAACUACAUAAGAAGAUAUGCUCAACAAGAUCCUGAUUUUGAUGAAAGUGAAAAUUACUCAAUUGAAGAGAUUAAUGAAGAGAUGGAAGACAAUGCUUUUGAAGAAGAUGGUCCGGGAAGACAAGAAAUGGAGGUGUUAAGAAAUACAAUUGCACAAAGUCUAAUGAAUGCAUCUACUUAGCAUUUAGUUACAAAUUUGUAUUGACCUUAAUACAUUUUGUGUAAUGUUUCCCAUUGACCAUGGUGGGGGAAUGUUUUG